AUGCUCAACAAUUGGUUGUCUUAUAUUAUUGCAUACACUAUUGUUUUAUCAUUUUUUAAACAUUUCGUUGAUAAAGAUCUUUUAGCAUUAACAAAACAUCAUCGUCUAGCAAUAUUUCAUAAAAUGAUUUCCUCUCGAAAUAAACUUUUGCCAUUUCUAUGUCAUGGAUCAAUAACAAUGGAUGAAGAUUCAAAAGUAUUAGAUGAAUUAAUUGCACUAUAUCAUCCACAACUUCAUUUAGGUGAAAAUUUAACAACUAAUGAUAUUAAAGAGUUUCGUUAUCAUUCAAAACGAAUCUUAACUGCUUUAUUUCCAGCAAGAUCAUCAUCUUGUCUUGUUCAACAUCAUAUAUUUCAAUAUAAUACUAAGCAAAUAAAUAUGUAUUCUAUACAACAUGAAAAAAUAAAUGAUUGGAAAUGUUCUAAUCAACCAUUAAUUCUUUAUUUUCAUGGUGGUGGAUUUGUUUUU